AUGAUCUCGUCGCUGAAGCGUAAUAAUCUUACACGGGAGAGCAUCUUAGCGGGGAUAAGAUCUACAUGUGAUGAAAUCAGAGCGGUGGAGAGUGGUUUGAUCAAUGGCAUCAAUUACUUUGAACAGCUGAUCCCUCCCUCCCCACUCCACCCCACACCUCUCUCCCCUUCUCAACUCAUUAUCCCCACGGCUGCAGCCCUUCUCUCAGCGUCGUUACCUGGUGCUGCUCCGUCACUGCCGCCAGCACCAGGUAGCGGCGCUGGGAGAGGGGCUUCCCCCGCCUUCUCUCCUCUUUCCUGCCCUCUCUCCUCUUUCCUGCCCUCUCUCCUCUUUCCUGCCCUCUCUCCUCUUUCCUGCCCUCUCUCCUCUUUCCUGCCCUCUCUCCUCUUUCCUGCCCUCUCUCCUCUUUCCUGCCCUCUCUCCUCUUUCCUGCCCUCUCUCCUCUUUCCUGCCCUCUCUCCUCUUUCCUGCCCUCUCUCCUCUUUCCUGCCAUCUCUCCUGCUUCCUGCCCUCUCUCCUGCUUCCUGCCCUCUCUCCUGCUUCCUGCCCACUCUCCCCGUUGUUGCAGCCUUCUCCCAGCGGCGCUACCUGCCCUUCGCCAAGCGGCGCUACCUGGUGCUGGCGGCAGUGACAGAGCAGCUGAGCAACGCGCGGGUUCACCUGGUGGAGGCGGCCAGGCUGGCACAGCGGACAGGGCGGAUCCUCGUGCUGCCUAAGGGAGCCAACAGCCGCAUCUCCCUCGGCCGGCCCCUCCCCAUCUGCUCCUACUGGGACAUUUCCCGCUUUACCCCGUACGAGUGGGUGUCUCCGGAGUUCUACCUCCUCGCAGCGCGGGCCACCCUCACGCGCCCGUCCGUGGGGUUCGUGUGGGUGCAAUCGCCCAACAUGAUCGUGAAAGGACCGUUUCAGGCGGGGAUGGUGGUGGGGGUGGGGAGGAACGCGGGGUUGGGGGGCAACGCGGGGAUGGGGGGGAAGGAGGGCGUGGGGGGGGACAGGGGAGUGAUGGCACCGCUGCUGGUGCAUGCGCUGGGGCAUGUGCCGUGUGCCAGCAACACUCUCGAUGUCGCCAUGCCUGCUCGCAGCGACGCUGUUAUCAACAUGCUGCAUGCGUG